AUCAUUGGGUGUGAACUUGUCGCAAGUGUGGCACGUAUAGAACUCGUGACUUUCGAUGUAUGGUUGUGUAAAAUAGUUCAAAUCUCGUGAUGUUACGAUAUUGAUCGUUAAUACCUUGCAUUCGUAUUAUAUAUUGUGUGGUUAUUCACGUUGACUCACAUUAUCUUUGAAUUUCGUUGAGUUCGCUUCGUAGAGUUCUCUUUUUUACGAACACGGGUGUAGCUGAAACAAUUUUUCAUCCUAAUAGUAAAUUCUCCAUCUUUUAAGAUGGGUUCACUUUUUCGAAGCGAAGAAAUGACCUUGUGUCAACUCUUUUUACAAAGCGAAGCUGCCUACGCUUGUGUCUCCGAACUCGGCGAACUUGGCCUUGUCCAAUUUCGAGAUCUUAAUCCAGAUGUUAACGCAUUUCAACGAAAAUUCGUUAAUGAAGUACGUCGUUGCGAUGAAAUGGAACGAAAAUUACGUUAUCUUGAAAAGGAAAUUAAAAAGGAUGAAAUACCAAUGCUUGAUACUGGUGAAAAUCCUGAAGCUCCACAACCUCGUGAGAUGAUUGAUCUAGAAGCUACAUUUGAAAAGUUGGAGAAUGAGCUGCGGGAAGUCAAUCAAAAUGCUGAAGCUUUGAAACGUAAUUUCUUAGAAUUGACUGAGCUAAAGCAUAUAUUAAGAAAAACUCAAGUCUUCUUUGACGAGGCUGAGAAUGGAGGUGUCGUAUCGCAGAUGGCAGAUCCAAGUCGUGAGGAAGAACAAGUCACUCUCUUGGGUGAAGAGGGCCUCCGCGCCGGCGGCCAGGCUCUCAAGCUCGGUUUCGUUGCUGGAGUUAUACUACGUGAACGCAUUCCUGCAUUCGAACGCAUGCUAUGGCGUGCAUGUCGUGGAAAUGUAUUUUUACGUCAAGCUGAGAUUGAAACACCCUUGGAAGAUCCUUCAACAGGAGACCAAGUUUUUAAAUCGGUGUUUAUUAUAUUCUUCCAAGGUGAUCAAUUAAAGACACGAGUUAAAAAAAUUUGCGAAGGUUUUAGGGCAACUUUGUACCCCUGUCCUGAAGCACCAGCCGAUCGACGGGAAAUGGCUAUGGGAGUAAUGACACGUAUUGAAGACUUAAAUACGGUACUUGGUCAAACUCAAGAUCAUCGUCAUCGUGUCUUAGUAGCUGCAGCGAAAAAUAUCAAAAAUUGGUUUGUCAAAGUUCGGAAAAUAAAAGCUAUUUAUCAUACAUUAAAUUUAUUCAAUUUAGAUGUCACUCAAAAAUGUUUGAUAGCGGAAUGUUGGGUACCUGUAUUAGAUAUCGAGACGAUUCAACUUGCCUUGCGUCGUGGAACGGAACGUAGCGGUAGUUCUGUAUCUCCUAUCCUAAAUCGUAUGGAAACAUUCGAAGAUCCACCGACUUACAAUCGUACGAAUAAAUUUACUAAAGGUUUUCAAGCUUUGAUUGAUGCAUAUGGAGUUGCAUCCUACAGAGAAAUGAAUCCUGCGCCAUAUACGAUAAUUACUUUCCCAUUCUUAUUCGCUGUCAUGUUUGGUGAUCUUGGACAUGGAUUGAUUAUGUUUCUAUUUGGUGGAUGGAUGGUGUUAAAGGAAAAACCAUUAGCGGCUAAAAAAUCUGACAAUGAAAUAUGGAAUAUCUUUUUUGGUGGCAGAUAUAUUGUUUUCUUAAUGGGAUUAUUUUCGAUGUAUACAGGAUUUAUAUACAACGACGUAUUUUCUAAAUCUUUAAAUAUUUUCGGGUCACAUUGGAAUAUCACUUAUAAUUUCACGACCGUCCAUUCGAAUAGAGCUCUGCAAUUAAAUCCAAAUACAACAGAAUACGAACAGAAUCCUUACCCAAUUGGUUUAGAUCCUGUAUGGCAAUUAGCCGAAAAUAAAAUUAUAUUCUUAAAUUCCUAUAAAAUGAAGAUUUCAAUAAUCUUUGGUGUACUACAUAUGUUGUUUGGUGUCAUUGUUGGAUUAUGGAAUCAUUUGUACUUCAAGAAAAGGAUAAAUAUUACUUGUGAAUUUAUUCCUCAAAUUAUAUUUUUAACAGUACUUUUCUUAUACAUGGUUGUACUCAUGUUUAUUAAAUGGAUAAAGUAUCAUGCAACCUUAACAUCAGAAAUUCGUCCUAGUCCUUACUGCGCACCAUCAGUAUUAAUUACAUUUAUCAAUAUGGUACUUUUCAACAAACCUGUACAAUUGAAAGGUUGUGACAAAUGGAUGUAUGCUGGUCAAGAUGGAUUCCAGAAAUUUUUAGUUGUCGUAGCUGUCAUUUGCAUUCCAUGGAUGUUAUUAGCUAAGCCAAUUACAUUUAUGCGUAAUGCAAAGAAACAACAUUAUCAAUUAAACAAUCAUGGUGCCGAAAAUGGUGACGUAGAUGGUAAUGUCGGUGCGGUGCAACCAACAGCAGGUGUUCAAGGUAAUCAUAAAGAAGAACAAGAAGAUAUGGCUGAAGUAUUCAUACACCAAGGCAUUCAUACUAUCGAAUAUGUACUUGGUAGUGUCUCGCAUACUGCAUCAUAUUUACGUUUGUGGGCUUUAUCUCUUGCUCAUGCACAACUCUCAGAAGUAUUAUGGUCAAUGGUAAUGAGGAAUGGAUUAACCAGAGAAGGUUGGAUUGGUGGUAUUAUUCUUUGGGCAGUAUUCGCAUUUUGGGCUGUUUUGACAGUUGGUAUUUUAGUUCUGAUGGAAGGACUUUCAGCUUUCUUACAUACUCUUCGUCUCCAUUGGGUUGAAUUUCAAAGCAAGUUUUAUGCUGGUUUGGGUUAUAGUUUCCAACCAUUUUCAUUUGAAAUUAUAUUAGAUGCUGCUCAAUCGACUACCGAGGAUUAAAGGCUUUAAUAGAAAUAAUUAGAACGCUAUAAAUGACAUAGAAAACAAGUGUCUAUAUUUCCAGACUAUAAAACAAUAUAUAAAAGAAACUUGUAAUGUAAUUAUUGUUUCAAAUAAUUUCUAUAACUUGUAAAUGUUUAUCAUUGAUAGUGUAUUUGAUUAAUACGUACUUUAGCAAAAAGCACGAUAAUAAUAUUGAAUAAAAAAAUAAGAAAAAACAUUUUACAAUAUAUUAUAUUUAAAUAUAGACAAAAAACAUUAUUAGUAUGUCUCUUAUUAUAGAUGUUUUGUGUGAUUGAGUUACAUGGAAUCAAUGAAUUAGAACGUGUUGUUGUACAAAUAUUUAUUAUAUAUUAUAUAUAACAUAACUAUACGCAUAAUCUAAAAGUUAAAUAAAACUUCCGUAACAUAAAGCAUGCAACUGAUAUUAAUUUAACACAGUGUGUUAUAAUUUAAUUUUACAAUAGAUUAUACUUUUAGUGAAAAAUUCGCCAAUGUAUGUUGUAUUUAACUUUCAAAACACUGUAUGUAAUGAGCUAUAAUUAAUAGGCUACAAAAUACAUAUUUCGCAGCAUAA